AAUCCCUCCCUGUUCCCCGUUCGUUCUGCACAUGACUGUUUCAGUGCAACUCCUGUAAACGGCGCAGUGGAAAUCGAUUACUUGUUUCUAUUCUCGUGAAUUGGGUCGCGCUUUUUUCAGCGUUCGUGUUCGUGCUUAUUCAGCCGUGAAUGUCGCGAAUGAUAGUACAAUGAAGGCACAGGCACUAAUUUUGGGGUUGUUGACCGUUUUAACGACCGGUCACGUUCAUAAUGCGGUCGAAACUGAAAUGUUUGCUAUACCAAUCAGCCCUAAUUUAUUUAACUGGACUUAUCAAGAAUUCGACCAACAAUACCGCUUCCACGCCGCUCUGAUGGGCAAACCGGAGCUCCCAUCAUGGCUCCGCUACAUCUACAGCGGGCGACACCACUCCGGUUUUAUUUUCGGAACCCCACCACGGGGCACCAAAUCACCGAUCACUUUGGAAGUCAUAGGCCUCAAUCGCCAGGACUAUGAGACGAGGAAAGUGCUCCUAUUUCUAAACGUUCAUCGGAGGGAAAAGAUGGCUAAACACGAGGUGGAACUCAAGAUUGAUAACUUGAAUGUGGAGGAUUUGCUGGAUGAACACAGGAUGACUCGUCUAAAGGAUAUAUUCCGCGGUAUAUUAUGGCCGGAGAGUAACCACGACUUGUACCCCACAUUCCUCGCUUCCGCCAUUGAUUUGGGGGCUCGGUUGCCGCUGAAACCGAGCGAUGGUGAAGGGUUGGUCAUCCGUCUCGGCAGCACUGCACCUUUUUCUACCAGCCUGAAGGAUCUCCGAGAGGAAGUACGACCCCUGUCCAAACUGCCCAGCUGUCCCCGAGAAUUCAAGAGAACCAGCCAAGAGAGACUGUUCAGAGAUGCUGGCUUAACUCUGGACUGGUGCAGCUUCGAGCUGUAUAACACGGUCUACCGCGCGCGCACCACCGAGCACAUCGAAUACCUAACUCCCAUACCCUCCAGCAAGCACACAGCCUCGCACACCCUCUGGGCCCCGACCUGGUCCGCACCAGCGCGGGACUCCUUGCCGACGAGAGGGGUCGCAAGGCAGCUCGCGGCUGCGGCGGCUGCACCGCUGUUGCUGCUUAUGUUGGCCAUCGCUGCGCUGACGGCUACUGUGUGUUUCCAUUAUGCUGCUAUGCGAGACCCUGAGUCAGACUACUUUUUAGAAACAAUCUUCCAUAUCUGUUCAGAUUACAGACGAAGAAGAAGAGCACACAAAGCUGGUAAGGUGGAGCUGUGUCGCUACGGCACUAACACCGAGCAGACACAGGCGGACAACACUAGCAACAAAAGCGCGGGAGUCAGCCCAAACAACAGCCUACCGCGCCCAUACAGCCCCAAAUCCACCACCAACCUAGCAGCCAACUACAAUCGCCCCCAACCACCCCCCUACGGCUCGGCCACCAACUCUCUCCACCACAGGAAGUCCGCCGCCGACCACACCCCCUCCACUUCCGGUCACACACCGGAACACCGCCAUCUUGCUUUAGAAGAUUCGUUAAAACUACUCAACGAGGCAAACAUCGCGAAUUCUUUAUUCGAAAAUUCAAAAGAUCCUAUCGUUGAUUUGAACGAUACCGGAGAAGAUUAUGUUCCUGUUAAACCGUUGAUAAAACCAGAUGGAACCGGUUUCAACUUGAUUAAACCGGACGGGUAUGUCGCUAUGAAGGAUUUGGAUGACAUUGAUGUACCGGAUUUGGGUAAGUAUGGGAUUUGACAGGAGGUCGGGGGCGAGCCUGUCAAAACUUGGUUUUGUUAGGCUGGGGCCUUGCUUUGAUAUGUUUGUUUAUUAGAAUGUGUAAACAAACUUAACAAAAUUUGAAGUUUGUCGGUCUAAUACUUAAUUGGAGCUUUAUUCAAUUAUUAAAAUUAUAGAUGGUGCAUUUACUGUAUACUCAAUUGUAUUGUAUUAAUUUACACUAGCGUAAAGUUUAAGGUUUGAUAAAUAGCACAAUUUUUAG